CCUUUGCGUUUGCUGAGGCGAGGGGUGGGGGGGGCGCUACCCCGGCUUGUAUGUUGGUCAGCCGCUCUUGUACUCGCUCACAAGGACCAUGUGGUUUUCUCCAAGGAGAAAUCGUUUUCCCUCACAGAACUGGCACGGUGCCGACAGGAGCACCAAUUUCAGCGUGUCCUUGUGGGUAUUAAGUUUUUGUUGGUGCUUUGCAGCUGUGAGAGGUCAGAACUUCCACCCCACUGUGAACACACAGUACGGUAAACUCCGAGGGGUCAGGGUGCCCCUGCCCAGCGAGAUCCUGGGGCCCGUCGACCAGUACCUGGGGGUUCCCUACGCUGCCUCCCCAGUGGGAGAAAAACGCUUCAUGCCCCCGGAGCCUCCUUCUUCCUGGUCUGGGAUCAAAAACGCCACGCACUUUGCCCCUGUCUGCCCCCAAAAUAUUUACAAUGCUGUCCCAGAAAUCAUGAUGCCAAUAUGGUUCACCUUCAACCUGGAUAUUGUUACCACAUACAUACAGGAUCAACACGAGGAUUGUCUUUACCUAAACAUCUAUGUUCCAACAGAGGAUGUCAAAAGAAUAUCCAAGGAAUGUGCCAGGAAACCCAACAAGAAAAUGUGUAGAAAAGGAGGGGCCCAUGCAAAAAAACAGGGCGAGGAUUUAUCGGAUAACGACGGUGAUGAAGACGAAGACAUACGAGACACCGGGGCCAAGCCUGUGAUGGUCUACAUCCACGGAGGAUCCUACAUGGAGGGGACGGGCAACAUGAUCGACGGGAGCGUCCUGGCCAGCUACGGAAAUGUCAUCGUGAUCACUCUUAACUACCGCGUUGGAGUUCUUGGCUUCCUCAGCACCGGGGACCAAGCCGCCAAAGGGAACUAUGGGCUCUUGGACCAGAUUCAGGCUUUGAGGUGGAUCAGCGAGAACAUCGGCUUCUUUGGGGGAGAUUCAAACCGCAUCACUGUGUUUGGCUCAGGCAUCGGAGCUUCCUGCGUCAGCCUGCUAACCCUCUCCCACCACUCUGAAGGUCUUUUCCACCGGGCCAUCAUUCAGAGCGGGUCGGCGCUCUCCAGCUGGGCCGUGAACUACCAGCCGGUCAAGUACACCCGUCUCCUGGCCGAGAAGGUGGGCUGCAAUGUCCUGGACACGCUGGACAUGGUGGGCUGUCUGAGGAAAAAGAGCUCCAGGGAGCUUGUGGAGCAGGACAUACAGCCCGCGAGGUAUCACGUAGCCUUUGGACCUGUAAUCGACGGCGACGUCAUCCCCGACGACCCCGAGAUCCUGAUGGAGCAGGGCGAGUUCCUCAACUACGACAUCAUGCUGGGGGUCAACCAGGGCGAGGGGCUGCGCUUCGUGGAGAACGUGGUGGAUUCAGAGGACGGCGUGUCUGGAAACGACUUCGACUUCUCUGUGUCUGACUUUGUGGACAGUCUGUACGGGUACCCAGAGGGCAAGGACACGCUGAGGGAGACCAUCAAGUUCAUGUACACAGACUGGGCGGACAGGGACAACCCGGAGACCAGGCGCAAGACGCUGGUGGCGCUCUUCACCGACCACCAGUGGGUGGAGCCGUCGGUGGUGACGGCUGAUCUGCACGCUCGCUACGGAUCCCCCACCUAUUUCUACGCCUUCUACCACCACUGCCAGAGCCUGAUGAAGCCCGCCUGGUCGGACGCCGCUCACGGGGACGAGGUGCCGUACGUGUUCGGAAUCCCCAUGGUGGGACCCACCGACCUUUUCCCCUGCAACUUCUCCAAGAACGACGUCAUGCUCAGCGCUGUGGUCAUGACCUACUGGACCAACUUCGCCAAGACUGGGGACCCCAACAAACCAGUGCCGCAGGACACCAAGUUCAUCCACACCAAGGCGAACCGCUUCGAAGAGGUGGCCUGGUCCAAGUACAACCCGCAGGACCAGCUGUACCUGCACAUCGGCCUGAAGCCACGCGUGCGCGACCACUACCGUGCUACCAAAGUGGCCUUCUGGAAACACCUAGUGCCCCACCUGUAUAACCUCCACGACAUGUUCCACUACACCUCCACCACCACCAAAGUGCCGCCGCCGGAGACCACGCAGAACACCCUGUCCACCAAGAGGCCCAACGGCAAGAACUGGCCCUUCAACACCAAGCGGCCGCCCAUGUCUCCGGCCUACAACAGCGAGGACAAAGAUUCCUGGUCCGACGACGAGGAGACGGGCCCCCUGGUGGUGGACAACCCGCGGGAUUACUCCACGGAGCUCAGCGUCACCAUCGCGGUGGGAGCCUCGCUGCUCUUCCUCAACGUCCUCGCGUUCGCCGCCCUUUAUUACCGCAAGGACAAGCGGCGGCAGGACUCCACCCACGGGCAGCCCAGCCCGCAGCGCCAGACCACCUCCAACGACAUCGGGCACCACGCGCCCGAAGAGGAGAUCAUGUCGCUGCAGAUGAACCAGACGCACCACGAGUGCGAGGCGGGGAACAGCAACGAGGGGGCGCUGCGCUUGGCCUCGUUGCCCGACUACACGCUCACCCUGCGGCGCUCUCCGGACGACAUCCCCCUCAUGACCCCCAACACCAUCACCAUGAUCCCCAACUCGCUGGUCGGCAUGCCCAACCUGCACCCGUACAACACCUUCACGACCGGUUUCAACUCCACCGGCCUGCCGCACUCCCACUCCACCACCCGCGUAUAGCUUUAAGGAGGCCAGGCGGCGGCCGGCGCAGGCGGAGGAGGCGGCGGCGCAGCGGCGCGGCGGCGGAGGAGGAGAAGGAGCAGGG